GCACUGCAUGAAAGUUUCUUCAUGCCUUCUUUCCAUGUUUUGUGCUCUAUCUCUUGCUAAGUAUUCAGCACUUCAACCGCAGCCUAAAAACCUGUUCAGAGCAGCUGCAGUGCUAUGGGGCUGGUGACCCACAGGCAUGAGUCACAGCCACAGCUUGCUGACUUCUGUGUCACUCUUACCAAAAUUGGUGAAAUUACAAUGAGGAAAGGCUAUGUCUUCUUACACCCCCAAAGGACAAGAGCUUGGCAUGUAGUGCAGUGGGCUCUUUCCUGGAAUAUCUGAUGAAGUGGAAGAUUACAUAGACCAUGCUUACAAGGUCUUCCAAAGGCCAAGUGCUUGGCUUUCUAUGCCGAGGGCUAGACUUGCUUCUUGCUUCGAGUGAAUUCAAAAGGUAGUACUUCUGCAAUGUACACAUUAAUUUUAGAUGCUCUGUAACCACUGGCUUAAAAAAUGCACAUCUCUGUUCUUAACUGUGUAGUUUAGUAAGUGCUAUAGCAACAAGAAUAGUGAUGUCUACAUUUUCACAGUAAGAGAAAUAGAACUGUAAUUAUUGAAAUCCUGUUGACCACUGGGGAAGUGAAAAGAGUUCUGUUUUUAGCUUUAGCAGAAUUCAGUGUAAAAUCUGCUUACAUAAUGCUAAUAUGCAAACUGCCUGACUUUGAAGAGAGCUGUUUUCAGACUAAUUUUUCUGACCUCAGUAGAUAAGAAUCAGCUUUCAGGAAAGAGAUAAAUUGUCUUACAGUGUGCAUUUACUGUUGCUUAUUAGGUGUGUUUUUUACAGAUUUUUUUUCAGGCACAUUCAGACGAACAUUGGAGACUCCAGUUUUUGAAAUCUUGUCGUCUGUUAUUUUGAUAUUGAGAGUUUUUUUUGGAUGUCUCAGUCUUUAGGCUAUCCUGUUGAUAGGCUUUUCUCAAUCUUCAGGAAUAACCGGACAGUUGCAAGUUUCUUCCCAAGCUUCUUCUGCCGAAACUCCAUGCAUGAUGGGACCCUGCAACGGGACGUCGUCCCCGGAGACAUCGACCCCUCAGUUUUCCCUGGGUGUGUUGGUGCUCCUGGCUCUGCUCAUGGUGCUGCUAGCUCUGGUCACGAUCCUUGGAAAUGUCCUGGUGAUCCUUGCUUUCAUCUUGGACAGAAAUCUCAGGCAUCGGAGUAACUAUUUCUUUCUCAACCUUGCCAUUUCUGACUUCGCAGUGGGUGCAUUUUGCAUCCCUCUCUACAUCCCCUAUGCCCUGACAGGGGUCUGGCCCUUUGGAAGAGGCGUCUGCAAGCUCUGGCUGCUUAUGGACUAUCUCAUGUGUACAGCUUCAGUAUUUAGCAUUGUUAUGAUUAGCUAUGACCGUUUCCUCUCAGUUACUAAAGCUGUAUCUUACAGAACCCAGCAGGGAAUGAUGUCGAACCCUGUCGUCAAGAUGGUGGCCAUCUGGGUCUUUGCCUUCCUGCUCUACUCUCCGGCAGUUCUCCUUUGGGAGUACGUGUCUGGCUGCAGCAUGGUAGAGGAGGGGCAGUGCUAUGCCGAGUUCUUCAACAACUGGUACUUCCUCCUGUGUGCAUCCACCCUGGAGUUCUUUGUGCCACUGAUCUCAGUCACCUACUUCAACGUGAGCAUCUUCCACAACAUCCAGAGACGCCAGCGGCGCGGCAGCAUUCAACACUGUGAGUCUCCAGGGAGCAGCAAUGUGUCCUGGAGGUCUUGUUUUAUGCUGAGGCAAGGACCCUCUUUGUCAGAUACAGAGGACAGUGUUUCUUCCUCCAUGAGAAUGAAGAAAGAGUCCUUGGUAACUGAAAGCUCAUCUCCAUCCAGAGCCAAUUCUGUAACCCCAGAAAAUGAUUUCUCUGUCUGUGCAAGGACCAGUUCAAAACUGCAUCAUGACAAGAAGAUUGCGAAGUCACUUGCUGUAAUUGUAUGUGUCUUUGCCAUUUGCUGGGCCCCAUAUACUUUACUGAUGAUUAUUCGUGGAGCCUGCCAAGGAGAAUGUGUCCAUCCAACUCUGUAUCAAAUUACCUUUUGGCUUUUGUGGAUCAAUUCCUCUCUGAACCCAUUCCUCUACCCUCUUUGUCAUGAUAAAUUUCGAAUGGCUUUUAUGAAAAUAUUAUGUCCCAGAAAGUUUGCAAGAUUGAGAUCAGGCUCUUGUUAGAAGGUUAAAAAAAAAAAAAAAGGCUGAAGUACAGCUAUAUCUUCAGAGUAUGACAGUUGUAAGUAGCCAAGAUUUGUCAUGAAUCUCUUCUGGAAGAGUAAUCCAAAGGUAAGGCUUUGGUGAAAUAUGUUCUCCUUCAGAAAAAUAUACAUGCCCAAAGUUUGUGUGCAUUUUUUCAGCAAUUCAGACUGUCCAGGAAAAGAAUAUUACCUCUGCCUGUCUUUCCUUAGUAAUCUGUUGACAUUAUCUUCAUUCUGGUUGUGGAAGAUAUUAUCUCCAAUUGCAACAUUGCUAAUAUUUUUGUUCACAGGUGGUAUUAAGAAUAAAUAAAUAAAUUGCUAUAUGAUAAAUGUUUGCUAUUUUCCAUAAGGAUCAGUAGUAUUCAAAAGUUAAUAUAUUCUCCAUUUCAUUUCUUUUGAACAGUUUAUGUUGCAUUCAGAAGCAUUUUGCCAACUUAGCAUAAAACAUCCAGUAACUUUAUGAGUUUGUUGUCAGGGAUGUAGCAGGAUUACUUUCUCUCAUUAAUGAUGUUCAAACAUCAAGGGAAUGUAGGGACUACUUUUAAUGUGAACAUGUUCUCUGGAAAAAGGCAUUAGACUACAUACCUGUUCAUGUGAAGCAGUAGAGAAUUUAGAAGUGUAAAGCAUUUAUGCACAUCUCUAGAUUUUCUUCAAUAAAUAAGACUUUUUCUUACAGCUAUGGUUUUGAGAGAUCAUGGAAGAGUACUAUUUCCUAUUCAAAAGCAUUGUAGAAUGAAGGCAAGCUGUAUAAUGGCCUGACCACGAUAGGAGAGAAGAUAAGGGGAAUGCAUCUGUAUCUGAAUAAUCCUUUUGAACUUUCGGAACUCCUUGGAUCUCAUCUGAUUGUGUAUCCCCAGAACAGCAGCAGCACUGCCCUGCAAGUGGAGGAGACUCACUCCAGUGUGAGAAGACAUCUCCUCUUUCCAUGAAGAUGCUGAGGAGUUGAUCAAGGAUGGAGUCAGUGAAGAGGAGGCUAAGGGGACCUUAUUGCUCUCUACAACUAUGUGAAAAGAGGUUGUAGUGAGGUGGGGAUCAGCCUCUUCUCCCAGGUAACUAAUGAUAGAAUGAGAAGUAAUGGCCUUAAGCUGUGCC